CAAGUGCUAAAAUUAGGAGAGAUGAAGGUAUAUGGGUUUAUAUUCAUUCUUUUCUAUUCAUUCUUUUCUAGAGGUCAGAUUCAUCUGCACCGGCUGCGCUGGGUCCCUAGUUUCAGCCUGAAGUUACGAGUUUGCUCCUUCAAGGAUUUGAACAAGGUUGAAGGAAGUGAGGAAAAUCUUGACGAGGUAUGGAGAACAAGCGAGCGCCAAUCUUUCAUCCAUGAGUUGGAAAACGAGGCGGAAUACGAAUUAGCUCGUCACUCUUUAACGACCAUCCUUUCUUGUGCAAAUAAGAUUCUCGAAUUGAUCCCAAAUGCAGCGGAGGAAGGGUGUGAAAAAGCUGGACCAACUUUUAACACGUUAAAUGCAGACUUGCCAAUCACGACGUUCUAUCGAUGGCCCUUUUUUGCGUGCGUCGAAGUAGUUGCAGCAUUCGGCCAACUCAUCGGUCUGACAGCGCAUCGUCGAUCCGCAUCGUGCCAAUCUUCCGCCUUGCAUAUCUCUGAAUCGACGGUGGGCCUUUGCUUGGACUCACAAUGUACUUUCCAAGAGCUUAUCGCCUUCCCUCACAUUGGUGAGGACAAAGUCCUACCUGCCAAGUGGUUGCGUUUGAAAGCAUGCAGCAAUCUACAGCUGGCAGAAAACAUGCUGUCUUGUAUGGAACUCACCUGGCCCUUUGCUGAGAAUUGUAGACACGAGGUUGAAGCUUGCCGCACGACUAUACAAGGUAUUGGCGGGAUCACUGGCUUGGAAUACAGCUUGUAGCCUGUAUUGGAAGCUGGAUGUUUUUAUUACACUCGUGAGGGGACAGUUUCAAAUUUUCUAAGCUGAACACAGGUGGAGGAAUGAAAGACACCUUCUCAGUCUGACUAAGCUUGCCAUCACCUCUUUUCGGUCUAAAAUAUCACAUCCGCAGAUGGGUUUUUCGAUCCAUCGAGACUUGGCUCUUCUUCUCUCCAGUAUCGACUACUUAAACUUAGUUCCUUAGCUAUGGCUA